AUGAACAGGAAAAUUAAUUCUAUCUUGAAUAUUAGUGCAUAUCCAGGACUUUAUUCCCACGUUUAUAAAGGUUAUAUUACCACAGAUAUGCCAACUAUUAAAAUAUACAACCAAAAAGAGAAAAAAUAUACAUUAGAUUUUCUUAUAAAGCUUUUUAUAUUUUCCUUUUUAAUUUGGGUAUUACAAUGUUCUAAUAAUUGGUAUUCUUUUAGAUCGUGGAAUUACAAAAAUAACUCAAAAAAUAUAUUAAAUUUAGGAGCUAACAGAUUAUUAGCAGAAAAAAUAUAUAAAGUAGGACAAGGAAAAGAAGAGUUAAAAUUAUGUGAACAACAGUGUAAAGUAGAAACGGAAUUAGAACAAAGGAAUGGUCAAAGAGAAGUAGAAGAGCAUAUAGAUGUAGAACAAGAAAGUGAAAUAGAGGCAAAACAGGCAAAUAAAAAAGUAAAAUAUAAUGAGAAAAUAUUAGAAAGAUAUAAUAUUUCAAAAAUAUGCUCGUUAUAUUUUGCUUCUAUUUUAUCUUUUACUUCACUUUUAUUAUCUAUAAUAUAUACCUAUUCCCCUGAUUUAGAAUUCCAAAGAUUAUCCUUUUUGUAUAUUGAUUUAUCUGUUAUAUUGUUUUCGGUACUUUUAAUUCUGGAAGAAAUAAAAAUAAAACAUAGAGUAAAAUUGUAA